CCAGCGGUCUUCACCAGCACUGCGCGUUUUAGCGUCAUGUAGUGCGCAUGCGUAGUACAGCGUGCGUCCAUUAGCAGCAGGAUCGCUGCUGGUUUUCAAACAGGAUGAACGCGCCACCAGCCUUCGAGUCAUUUUUGCUGUUUGAGGGAGAAAAGAAGAUCACAAUAGUUAAAGACACCAAGGUGCCGAAUGCCUGUCUGUUCACACUGAAUAAAGAGGAUCACACGCUGGGGAACAUCAUUCGCUCGCAACUGCUGAAGGACCCUCAGGUGCUGUUUGCUGGAUAUAAGGUUCCUCAUCCUCUAGAACACAAGAUUGUGAUCCGCGUUCAGACGACACCAGACUACAGUCCCCAGGAAGCCUUCACUAAUGCCAUCACUGAUCUGAUCAGUGAGCUGUCCCUGCUGGAGGAGCGAUUCAGGGUUGCCAUCAAAGACAAGCAGGAGGGAAUAGAAUGAAGAACCAUCACACUCCACUGGAAAACAACAACUUAUUCACAACGAACAGUCACUGUAAUGGGCGACAAUUUCCCAUUUAUUUAUUUUCUUAGAAUAUGACAUCUGAUGAGCUCUCAGAAGAAACAAUAUGAGAUCUUUAACAGCCUCUAACAACACUGAGGUUAAGUUCCUCUUCUAAUGCAUGCUGGUAUAAUGAAUCAAAUCUGGACCAUUCUUUGAUAAAUAUUUCAUUGCACAUCAAGUUUAUGUACAAGGAAAUAAUUUCCUCUUCAGCGCCCCACUUAUUUGUGAUGUACUUUAUUUUUUGUUAUUAAUAAAUUGACUUUUGUAAUGAAA